GAAUUGAAUAUUUUAGGUAAGUUCAGAAAUAUGGGUGACUUUAAAAAUUGAAAAAUAAAAAUGGUGUUGACUCUUUGGAGAAGGAGUUUGAGUGGCACAUUUCUUGUUAACUAAGGACUGCAUUAGUUUUAUACUUGCAGUCCUUUCUCCUCAGUUUGAGUUUCUUGAUAUCUGGUGUCUUCAAACUGUACAACAAUAUGACUUAUUUAUUUGCCACCAUGAAGAAUAUAAUUUUUCUCCUUUUGUCAGCUGACCAAUCAAUUAUUUUUUUGCUAUUCCAAAAGCAUAAUGUGUUCCAUCUUGGGGGAAAAAAAUGCACCCCGGUCACAUUUUCUCCAGUGCAGAUCAUGUCGUGCAUUUUCCUGCACAUCUUUCACAGUGGGUCCACCCUCCUUCAUUAUCAUAUUGUUGCCAUGGCGUUUCAAACUCAAGGCAGGAAGCAGAGGUUUUCUGGGUUCUUAUUUAAGCUGCAUUUCUUCGUGUUGUUUCCACCAACCGUCUUCAGAGUGACAACGGUAAGACUUGCAAUGCUAAAUUAAACAACUCAUUGCACUCUGUCCAGAUUACUACUCCCAUCUUUUUUCACAAGCUUCACUUUUUGAAAUGACUUUGAGUUUCGGUCUGUUGAGCAUGAAGUAAACUCUUUGACACUCAUUAAAUCACUGCGGCCUGAUAUUUGCUGAUUUAUUCCACAGGCACUAUCCUGGACUUUAAGUGCAUGUCAUGGAUCUCUGGUCAGCUCUAGCUUAUGUUUUUAAAGGGAAGAACUGUAAUAAAAGAGGAUUAUGCUCUGUCUUUUUUUUCCCUCUACUGGCUCUGUUUAAUUAAAGGCUAGUGGACCUUGCAUGUCUCUAUGUGAAAAGAAAAUCUGUUUGGAAUUUGGAUGCAGAGAUGUACGCCCUGCUUGCAUGUGUGAAUCUGAAUGCAGACUGGGAGUAGACCUGGUUUAAUGUCAGAAUGAGGUGGAAGCCAGUGUAGGUCUGCAAACAGAUUAGUUUAGUGGGUGAGUUAGAGACAGGCCUUCGUUCAGGAUUGGACUGCAGCUCUUUAUUUAUUCAUGCAACUUUAUCUGCUUAAUUGUACCAUGAGGAGCCCACUUACACACAUUACAGUGUCUUGCAAAGGUAUUCAAACCUUUCAACACUUUAUAAUGUUACAACCAAAAACUUUGUGCAACUUAAACUUAUCAAGACAUGGUUGUCCACCCAGAGUGAGAGAGCGUUAAAAAGAGAAGCAAGCAAAAGACGAAUGGUAACUUUGAAUCCAGCAGGACAACGACAGUAAAAUUCUGCCUGAGCUCUGCUGAAAAUAUUUGCAUUUAACCAGGUAGGUCCUCGUGUUUUGAAUGGUCAGAUUCAGUUGCAGACCACAAAGACAAAAGUCCAACUGAGAAUCUGUUACAAAACGUUGAAAUUGCUGAUCACAGACGCUCUCCAUCCAAUAAAACUGAGGCUGAGCCAUUUUGCAAAGAAGAAUAAGCAACAGUUUCUCUAAAUAUGCAUAAAAAACCCAUUUGAUUUAAAAAAUUGACUUCACGGUUCAGCUUUGCCAUACUUUGCGUUGAUCUGUAAAAUGAAAUCCCAUUAAAGUUCAUUUAAGUUUGUGUUAGCAAACCUGUAGAGAGGAAAAACUGUAUGAUGAUUUUUGCACAGCCUCUGAGGCAGGACCGUCUCACACUGACACGGAUCCGUAGGGUGGGUCAGAUGUCUGCCCUGCCGGAUUCUCUGGAACUUAGUUAUCUUUGCAGCUCUGCUGUUUGCUUUCAUUUAGAUGCUUGACCAAUGCCAACAGCAGGCUGAAGGAGGGAAAGCAUAAAAACUGAGCUGCUCUCAGCAGUUCCUGACCUGUGUUUUUUCUGAGCUGAUCUUCGUGUGUAACAUGAGCAGCCGACGCUGGCACGCUGUUCCUCCUGUGUUACACUACAGAUGGCUCGAGACAGGAUGUAAAUAUGAGCUCUGAGAAAGAGAAGGCGAUUGUCAUCUCUCUUCAAGAGCAAGGCCAUCAGGAUAACAAGCAGCCGCUCUCCUCUCUGCUUCCUCUGCCUCAUCUUCACUCAGUGUCUCCUGGCUCAGCCUGCCCUCCAUCAGAUCAGGUCUUUCUCCAGGCAGCAGCCAUCUUUCAGCAGCUUGGCAGAGUGAAGCCGGAGCCUCAUCAGGUUCUGCAGUAUGAAAACAGGACCGACACGCUACCUCACAGCAGCGAUGACAAGGCCACACAAAAACAAGCCUACCAGCUCGCUUUCAACACCCUCAAAUACCAAGAUUUACUGGAAGCCGUGAUUUUUGACAGCUUCUUCCACAAAUCUCAGAACAUCUACAGCGACUUGCUGCCAUUGGCAAUGGUGAUGCUGUAUGACUUCCAGGACAGGAGGUUUUUGCUUCGUCGGCGUCCAGCUGAAGGAGAGCAGAAGGCUGUCGCUGAAGUCACAGACCUGGAGAAAUGCCUUCAGAGAUGGAAGGUCAAACUCGCUGCAUCUCUAGCUCGCUUCAGGGUGAAACACAGCCUGCGGAGCGUCUCCUGUUUUCUGUCCGAUUCCCUCAGAACCAAAGAGCACAGGGCUAAAUCCUUACCGUUCUACGCAUGGGUCAACACUUUAAACUCCAGUCUUGAUGAAAUCUGCGAAAUCUUACAAAGUGCCAACCUAAGUGAAGUGAAGAACAUGGCUGACCUCACAGGUUCAACAUUUUCCAAGGACCCUCUCUGUCCAGAUACGCUCAUUUUCUCCCGCAGCCUCUGUAAACCUCUUCAGAGCAGCGCCCUCACCACCACACAUGUGCUAAACAUCCAGGACAGGAGUGUGUGUUUGGCAGUGAGCGUGUCACAGCCUGUCCUGUUUGAUAGAAGGGACGUCCUGGUGGCGGGCUCCUUCUCUGCUCUGACCGUGGCUCACAUAGCCGCAGCAGCCGCCGCUCGGUCGGGCCGAGUUCUGGUGUGUGGCGCUGAUCACACUCCUGUGCAGACAGAAGAGAUGAAGAAUCUGCUCUCUCAGAUGGGAAUCAAAAAUGUCAAAGUCCUGCCAGCAACUUUCUGCAGACUGAAUGAGCGGGACAUCGCUGUGCAGAGGUUAAAGGUCAUCAUAGUUUUGCCUCAGUGUUCGUCCUCUGCCCUCAAUGACCCAGUCACCACAAUGCACAGUGAACAUGGAGACUGGAACCUACUGCCAGAUUUAUCCCACGGCUCGAUUUCCAAAAGCAAAAUCUUCUCUCUCACCACCCAACAGGCCCGGCUGCUGGCCCACGCGUUGUCUUUUCCAAAGGUCCAGACGGUGGUCUACUGCACACGUUCAGUGUGUCCUGAGGAAAACGAACAGCUGGUCGGAAGAGUGUUGGAGAAAACACACACUCACCCCAAACUGUUGCCAUUCAGGGUGAAUGGGCCUAUUUUCCCUGAUGACUCUGCUUCAGGAGAUGAAACCGACUCCAGGUUCUUCAGGCUCCAGCCCUCUCAGUUCACCAAUGGCUGCUUCAUAGCCAGACUGUCGCGGCAGGCGGAUCCCACAAAGGUAGAAUCGGUUCAGGAUGUGUUGGCAAGGGCGGCAGCGAAGGGUCUCUUUGGUGGCAUAAUUUCUGAACCAUCAAAACCUGCAAAGAAGAGCAAAAGGAAGAAGAAACGAGUCGCUUCGAGCACCAGCAGGCCUUCAUCUCCCUCCAGCCAGGAGGAGCCUGAGGCAGCAGAGAUCAGUGAUGGAAUAGAUCCUGCUCCCCCUUCAGAAGAUGAAGAUAAAGAGGGAGAAGAAAAGGAAGGUGAAGAAAAUGAGGCUGAAGGGAAGGACAGUAAGACCAAGUCAGAGAAGAAGAAAAAACGAAAAAGCAAAAGAAAUCAAAAACAGAGCAGUGAUGCAGCAAGCCUGAAAAAUCAAGCUAAAGGGCAAAAGAAGAAAGCAAAGAGAAAAGUAAAUCCAUCUCAGCACAGCAAACCGAGGCGGAUACCACGUCUUACGCUGACCUUAAUGUCUGCUGAAAAACCUUCCAGGCACUUAUCUCCAAUCACAGCUCUUGCACACAAGAUCAGCGGAAAACCAGUAAAGAAGCUGGAAGAGGACUCAGCUCCAGUUCUAGAAAAACAUCUCUCACAUGCUCAGUCUGCUCCUCAGACGGCCUCUGAGAGGAAAAACAUGCAACCCGAGGAGGAAGAGAGGAACCUGGAGAAACAAGGGAGCCGAUCUGGAAACGUGAGGAAAACGCAGGGACCGCCGACGGCUGCAGGUCACAUCCUGCCGCCAAUCUCUUCUCUGAGCGGCUCCGUCGCCCGGCCGCAGUCUCCUACCUCCAGCCAUCAGUUAGCAUCGUCAUCCUCAGCCUCCCUGAGAGAAUUAUAAAAAAAAA